GGGUUGUUCACAUGAUUCUGUUUAUAAUAAUUUCAAUAAAUAUAUGCGAAUUGUUUUAAUAUACUUUAGGAGCACUCGUAGCCGUCGUAGUGUGCAUGCAUCUCCUUGUUAGCAUUAGCUAGUUAUCUGUAGUUAACGUGGUACCGGUACCUUUUUUUCAUAAAUAUAUUGAUAUAGCAUCACAUAUUUGGAUUGAGGAAUAAAAUGAGGAUGUAAAAACAUUUCAACUUAACCAGCUAACACUUAUUUCUCUCUGGAUUAUAAAACAAGUCAACCAGCAAGAACAAACCACUUAACCACAACAUUUAUUAAACUAAUAAAGCUUGAGAAAUUUAGGAGAAAUUAGCUGUAUUCAGUUGAAAUAUAAUAGCAUUGUAAUGAAAUAAAAUGGCAUAAAGGAAAUCUGCAAAUAAAGCUCUUAUUAUAUUGUUUGAAAAUAUUUACUUUUGAAGAACAAAUAGAUUCAUUUGUGUAUUUUUUUAAAAACAUUUUAUGAGUUUUUUAAAAUUAAAAAUACAAUCCAAAUUAUUCAGUUUUGUGCAUUAGGGAUGUACAAAUUCAGACUUCAAUCCCAGGUUCAUAAUCUAGUCUAAGAGUAUCAGGAUAUUAAUCUAAUUAAUCCAGUGGUGAAGCGUGUCUUGCAUUCGUAUAUUGUUCUCGUUAUCACGCUGGAAUAAGCAACUUCAACAGGUCAAAAAAAAAAGCAAAGCAGUGAGGUAACCAGAUGCAAUGCUACUCCCAUAUUACUAUCAAACAAUUUCUUUUCUAAAAGCCAUUUUCUUUCAUGAGUUUUGCGUUUAUUAUUAUUCAAAUAUUUAGAUACUAUAUUACCAACUCCUUGUUUGUGCUAUAAAAUUGGAAUUUUUGAAUGGUUUAUGUAUUAAAGUUGUGUAUUACAUUUACAUUUAUUCAUAUAGCAGACGCUUUUAUCCAAUGCGACUUACAAAUGAGAAAAAUACAAGCAAAGCGAUAUAUCAAACAGAGGACAAUGCAAGUAAUGCUACCAUACAAGAUCCAUUAAUUGAGUUCCAGAAGAAGCAAAGUGCACAGAGUAGAGGUGUAAGUGCAAUUUUUUUUUUUUUUUAUGAGUUGGUUAGGUGUUCACAGAAGAGGUGGGUCUUUAACUGUUUUUUUGAAGAUGGUGAGAGAUUCUGCAGUCCGGAUUGAGCUGCUCUUUGAUGCACUUACUUAGUUAACCACUCUCGACUGCACUGGGGCCAUGAAGCUGGAGUUGUCGAAGGUGGUGCGAGGUUGCCGUCUGGGGCUUUUGACCAGCAUCGGUCAAACCUCGCAGCACUCCCUGGAAGUUCCAGGCUGUCUCCUGUACACCCGCUGUGCCACUGUGCCCCAUUUGACCCAGGACACACUUCACACACUCCAUAACCUGCCUGCAGUUACACAGGUCACACUGGAGAGCCUCGCAGAGCACCAGGAAAUCCUGGAGGAGUUUAAACAUGGUGUAAGAAAGUUUGCAGGUCUACACGACACGCUGCUCUUCUGCACCCUCCAUGACCCUGCCACGACCCAUCCCGCUGGCCACGUCACCAACAAGACAGUGUCCGUGUGGGGCAGCGGAGGAAGAAUAGAGCUGUCAGUGGCCAAGUUUAUGGCCAUGCAGGCAGCCAUCCGGCCAGACUGCUAUGAGAGCAUGGCAGAUGGAGAGACAUGGCAGGCCAACACAUCGCGGAAGAGGGUGCGUAAAGCAGUUGAGCGCACUCUUUCGCACCUGGACGAGUGUCUCGAAUUGCACCACAAAACACAGGAACUGAAAGGGUCUGCGAUAUUCGGCGUGGUGGAGGGAGGUGACAUCUUGGAGGAGAGGCUGAGGUCAGCACGCGAAACAGCCAAACGGCCUGUGGCUGGAUUCGUCCUGGAUGGCUUCCAGUCCACCUCCAUGGAGCAGGAGCUCAGGGAGCAACUGAUCACAGCAGUGACUGCAGAGCUGCCUCAGGAAAAACCGAGGUUAUUGAGAGGCGUGGGGCAUCCAGAUGAGGUCAUAGCUUAUGUGGAAGCUGGAGUGGACCUGUUUGAGGGCUUCUUCCCCUUUCAGGUGACUGAGAGAGGCUGCGCCCUGUGCUUCGACUACACCGCUACACCUGACCCAGAGACUGCAGGUACAUCUCCCCCUACAGUUUUGGAAUCGAAUGGAGUGGAGCCUGCUGUUGAAGUACUAAAGGAAAAUGGCGAAGACAGCCCUGAAAAUAUGAGCCGAUUUGAGAUGAACCUGAGGGACACAAGGUACCGGGAUGAUUUCCGUCCACUGGUGGAUGGGUGUAGCUGUUACUGCUGUAAGAACCAUAAAAGAGCUUACAUCCAUCAUCUGCUGGUGACCAAUGAGCUGCUGGCAGGGGUAUUACUGAUGUUACACAACACAGCUCACUACCUGGGAUUCUUCCAUGCCCUGAGGGAAGCUGUGGCCAAUGACCGGCUAAAGGACUUGAAGAGCAAAGUGUUACAGUGACCAGUGUGGACUAGAGAACAUGGAAUAAAUGCAAUCACAGAAUGUUGACAGGAGCAAGAAGUAUAGUGUUAAAGUGCACAACAUCAAUUUGGGUGCUUUUUUUUUCUUUUCUUUCUUCAGAAAUCUGAAAAAGACAGCAAUCCAGUUGAAAGUAGGAAGUCCACCAUUUUAAACAUCACUCCUGUUAACGUAGUAAUAUUUUCACACAAGCUGGAUAUGAAGAAAUUUAUUCAUCAAUCAUUCUCAGUAGAAUUUACACAAAAUAUGUUGUGAAAAUUGUGAAAUUCCAGGUAUUUCAAGAAAUUCCAGUUAUUUCAAAACAAGUUUGUAUCCUAUGAGAGCUCCUGAAUUUGUGUACAUUUAUGUAUGAGGAAACUCACUAAUGUUGACCUUAAUCAGUUUUAAAUUGUAUAAAUGGCAGAGUUACUGCAGCUUUUUAUAUAUAUAUAUAUAUGUUAAGUUUAAUUGCUUAGCUAUUUCAAUUUUAUGAAGAUUUGUCUUUGUUGUUUUCUAUUCUUGACAAAACAGUUCCAUAACCAACGACAAAUAAGCCUAGCCAUUCAAUUAGGACAAAAGUAAUGGCACCCUAUAACCAGAGGGUGCAUUAGUGUGUGUUUGUGGUAGCUGACUCACUGCAGUGGCUGAGCUGCGUUAUUGGAAGAUCCUUAGGUAGGUAAUUCUCACCAUUUUGUUUUGUGGGCAUGGCUAAAUGUGAAUCAGCUGUGCUGUGAACAUGUCAUUUAUGGCUGAAUUUUUAGUUAAUAAACGUGUUUUACUAUUUAUUAAUAAUAUUUGUAUAUUCAUGAAUCCUGGUAUUCUAAAUAAGGAUUGGUAGUUGUUUCUAAACAAUUGUAUUAAUUUACUGGGCAUAAACAUUGAACAGUUUAUUAUUCUAUAAAGAAGGUAGCUAUUUUU